GGUAGGUUACACUUGGAGACUAACGCACACAGGACACAGGACAGACAGAGAAGAAGAAGAAGAAGGAACAGAAACUUGUCUUUCUGUCUUCGUACAGGAUCACUGGAGCGAUUUCACCUGAACCUGAGACAGGAGACAGGCCUCUGAUCGUCCCGCUGAGUUCUCACAACGUAGAUGCACUCCGAGAGAGAAAUGGCCAUACCCCGGAUGUUUAACUCCAACACGCCGUUCGUCAUCGUGACUGGAGGAUCUGCACUCUCAUUUCUUGGCAAAGAAGACGCCAGCCAAGGGCGUGAGGAGGAAAAGGACUCGCUGGUCCAAGCCAUCGCCCCCCAUCUAAGUCGGGCGAUGCAGCACGGCACUGCCAAACAUGUGGCCACAGAGGGGCAUGAAGUGUCUGAGGAUAAUCCCUGUGUCUCCAUAGUAGCACAGGCUGAGAGAGAAGACUUUCAGGAGUUCAGUCCCACCAACACACAGUGCCCUUACUCAAGAUCUCAGCUGCUCAGAAAACACAGGUCUCUCAGCAAGGAAACUGCCCUCAUGACUGACACAGAGGAUGAGGACUUUGAUGUGCACCACCACCUCCAGAGGAAACAACGCAGGAAAACCAGAAGACAGAGCCAGGAGGAAGAGGAACAACCUCCAAUCAUCCGCGGUCUGUGGGUUCAGGAGAUCGACUGGCUGAAAUCAGCAUACAGAGAGAUGACAUCAUCCGCUGAGAUCAUCCCGCCUCCUCCUCAGUUCACUGACUCAGUCUCACACCCCUGCAGCCAUGGAGAGCUCUGCUCCUGCACAUAUGAAGGCUGCAGCUGUGCAGAUGUGUGCGAGUGUGUCAGAGGAUUAGAGGGUGUGUCGCUAUCAGAGGACCAGUACAGAUCAGCAGAGACAGAUGACACAUCCAGCACUGAUAACAGAGGAGGCUCAGACUCUGAUUGCAGCCUGGAGCAGGACUCCGAAUCUAUUUGCACUCAUGAAAGUGAGUCAGACUCAUCUUGUGGUGUAGAGGACGGCAUACACGUAACAGAUAGUUCUGGAGUUGAAGUCAGAAUGUCAAAUUUGAUCUUUGACCUUAUGCACGUGUCUGGUUUUACCUCCUCCUCCCAAACUGAGUGGGAGUCUGACUCUACAGGGUGUGUGCAAAGCCUGCUGGGAAAUUCAGACUCCACCUCCACCUCCAGCACUCAGAAUACAUCCCAGUGUGCCUUUGGCUUUGAUGACGUGAAUGAUGUCGACACAGUUUUGGACAUCCUAAGAGGCAGAGUGACACAUAUGCCAAAGCUCUUUGUUUUACCUUUCUUCAGAGAUUUGAUAAAACAGACUCUGAAUCACUGGAAGACCAGCCAACCUGUCAAUGAAGGACUCAUUUUUCAUCAUCAACUUCAGCCCAACGGCUCCCAGUACAGGGAGGGAGAGGAGUACUGCAUUCUUCACCACAUUCAGAACGGCUCAUACGGUGACGUGUUCUGUGUUCGGGACAAAAGGACUGGAUUCGAAUGUGCUGCCAAGAGGAUUCCACUGAGUCACCUCAGCAGCGAGGAGGUGAGCACGUGGAGCGCGCUGAACUCUCCUCGUGUUGUGGAGCUCUUUGGGGCUGUGAGGGAGGGCCUCCACAUUGUGCUCUUCAUGGACUUAAAGCCAGCAUGUUUGGCCCAGCUUCUGAAAGAGAUGAACACCCUCCCUGAGGAUUUGGCGCUGCACUACCUUCAUCAGUCACUGGGUGCACUGGAACACCUGCACCAAAGGAAGGUCCUUCACCUUGAUGUCAAAGUUGACAAUGUGCUGCUGUCUGCAGACUGCAGAGACACAUUCCUCUGUGACUUUGGUCUCUCACAGACAUUAGAUGACAGCGGACGGAGCACUAGGGCAUUCAGGGGAGCUGCCUUCCACGGCACAGAGACCCACAUGGCCCCCGAGGUAGCACGAGGGGAUCAACUCUGUGCCAAGGCGGAUGUGUGGAGCAGCUGUUGUAUGCUACUGCACAUGCUCAACGGAUGCCACCCAUGGAUACGCUACUACUCCCAUCCACUGUGCCUGCAGAUUGUCGACGAGCCUCCGCCUCUCUGGGAGGUGCCGUCCAACUGUAACAACUUCACGGCCAAAGUGUUCAGAGCCGGACUCCAGAAGGACCCUGACAGACGAGCAUCGGCAAAGGUGCUCAGGAGGAAAACCACCAAGGCCCUCAGAGCAGUUGGGGGUCUGAGUCCCUGGUCUGUCAAAAGGGCCUGUGAGAAGCUGUAUCACGGCAAGAGUCAGGAUGAGGACACCCCAGGACCUGGGAUCCCCGUCCUCCCAGCUAAACCCUCAGCUGCCGUCCCAGCGUCCUCCAUGUACUGGGUGAGCCCCUGGAGGACUACAGCAGUGGACGAGGACAGCAAUGACUGGAAGGAUGGUGACUCGGACUCUGAAGUGGAGACAGAUUCCCUGACUAGGGAAGAGUGGGAGUCCCAGCCAAAGUCACUGCAGGAUUAUUACGCUGCAGAUGGACAAGACUGGGACACCUGUUCUGAUUCAGAAGUCGAUAUAUACAUGGGAGAGGAGGAACAGAUUCAGGAAAAGUGGAUGAAAACUGACCCGGACUAUGAAGGGGAUGGGGAAGAGGAAGAAGAUGAAGAGGAGGAGGAAGAAGAGUGGGACUCUUCCAUUUCUACAGAGUAUCUCCGUGCUCUCCGAGGCCUUUUCCCUGUGCUGCAAAAAGGCCAAAAGACAAAUGAUAAUUCAUGGGGAUCAGAACCGGAGCUGGAAUACCUCAGAGACGAUGUAGCUGUAGGCACCACAAUCCAGACCCCGUCCCCUGAACCUCGCGAUGACCCUCCGUCCUGUUUUAGCUGCUCCGACACAUCGCAGAUGGACGCCUCAGAGAUGGACUCUGACCAUUCGUCUGAUGAUCUGAGCUCUGGAGUCUUUUCCUCCUGCAACAGUCAGACAGACGGACACUUGGAGUGGUUGGCCUCAGCAAAUCAUCCCUCCUCGUACUGCUUUGAAGGUGUUGACAUCUGGAUCGAGAAUGUCCAGGGUGAGUGUCUGAGGAUUCGUGAACGUCGGCAGGUCAAAGUGGGCCAUGUUGCUAUAGGAAUUAGUAACCAGAUCUCAGGGAAAGCCUUCACUUUGGAGACCCUGGACAGGAAGAUGGUGCCCUUUGAACAAGAGAUCAAAGAGUCUUGUCUGUGGCUGCGCUGUGUUCCUGCUCCUGACAGAUGUCAGCGCUGGAGGUGGAGGGUCAGAGACAGCAAGCUGGAACUUCGAGAAUGAGACGGACAUAUUUUAUUAUUUAUUGUUGUUGUUUGCACUAACUAAGGCAUUGAUUAUUCUAACGCCAUGUGGACAUAAAGAUGUUUAGCUUCUGAUAUGAUUGAUUGUUCUGGGUAAAUGUAGGAUAACCAACGUAUUAGGUAGGAAUUUCAUCAGUAGAUAUUUCAAAAUGUGAUUUUUAAAGCUGAUUAUCUAUUUUUAAAAUUGAUAUUCUUCCGUUUAUUUUAUUUUAUUUUUUAUCCUGCUCUGUAUGCACAGUUUUCCUAUACCUCUGUGAUCUGGAAACUAGAGUUUGACGUGUUGUUUGGUGCCUUUUAAGGUGUAGAAUAGGUGAAGCUGCUUAAAAUAAGGACUAUAAGCUCUCAAGACUUUAAUACUUGAACGUCACUGACAUUUUAUAUGUUAUUAAAAAAUGACCUUGUUGGCAAA